CUGAUCAUGUGGGCUUGGCCUUGUUUGAAUUUGAACAGUUCAAGCCUGCGAACUUGGUGAAGGCGUAAGACGAAGCUGAUUGGGGCCGACCCACGAUGAAGGGAAAUGGCUGGCUAACUUGUAUUCAGAUUGACAUAUUCCUCAUGUCGACGGCUGGAAGAAGCUGAGUGCUCACCAAGUGCUUGACCAGAUGCCAGUGAGAAGCUCUCUGUCCGCGAGACCGCAUAUGCAUCUGCUGUUUUGCUGAAGAACCGAUUGACAAACGAUGGCUUCAUCUCCUUUAAUGUCUCGUCUGUUAUCCUUCGUCAACUCGUCGAAGAGCGCUGCAAAUGCUGCUCUAUCUACGUCUUUGUUUUUGGGCACUACGCGAGGCCAGUGUAGAUAUGCCCUCCGUUUGGCUCACGCCGUCGCAGAAACUCGCGAUUUUGACGGAUUUAAGAGAUACCCAGGUGAACGUUCGGCUACGUUUAUCCAGAAUAUGCUAAGAAAUCUGAGGGGCAGCUCAAGCGAAGAGACCGAGAAAGCGCUCGGUCAAUGCGGUUUCAGUUUGACUGAUGAUUUAGUCACGGAUGUAAUAAGCCGGCACGCUUCGGAUUGGAGACCCGCUUACGUAUUCUUCAACUGGGUCUCUAAAAAGAGCGGCUAUUUACCUGGAUCUGCUGUUUAUAACGAGAUUCUUGAUGUUUUGGGCAAGAUGAAUCGAUUCGAAGAAGUAACACAGGUGCUCGAGGAAAUGUCUAAGAGAAAGGGUCUUUUUGAUGAGAGAACAUAUGGGGUCUUACUGAAUAGAUAUGCAGCUGCACAUAAGGUUGAUGAAGCAAUCAACAUCUUCUAUGGCAGGAGAGAUUUCGGACUUGAGACCGACUUGGUGGCGUUUCAGGCUCUUUUGCUGUGGUUAUGCCGUUAUAAGCAUGUAGUGUCAGCCGAAACUUUGUUCUACUCUAUGAAAAAUGAGUUUGGCACUGAUUUAAGGACGAUGAACAUCAUCCUCAGCGGCUGGUGCGUGUUAGGGGAUGUUCGCGAGGCCAAGAGGUUUUGGAAGGACAUAAUUGCAUCUAAAUGCACCCCGGAUCGAUUCACUUAUGGAAUAUUCAUCAAGGCGCUGACCAAGAAGGGAAAGUUGGGUUCGGCCAUGAGGUUGUUUCGAGGAAUGUGGCAAAAGGGAUUGUGUCCUGAUGUGGUGAUCUGCAACUGUGUCAUCGAUGCACUUUGUUUCAAGAAGAGGAUUCCUCAAGCUCUGGAAGUUUUUCACGGAAUGAAGGAACGUGGGUGUCUUCCAAAUGCCGUGACGUACAACUCGCUUAUCAAGCACAUGUGCAAGAUUGGGAGGAUGGAGAAGGUCGAGGAGCUCGUGAGAGAGAUGGAAUCAAUUGGGGGAGAUUGUUUGCCAAAUGCUGUCACUUUCAGUUACUUGCUCAAGAGCCUAAAGAAACCAGAAGAAGUCCUUAAGCUAUUGGAGCAGAUGGAGAAAAAUGAGUGCAAGAUGACUAGCGACUUGUACAAUUUGGUUCUGAGGCUGUAUUUGGGCUGGGAUUGUCAGGAAAGAGUAAGAAAUACAUGGAAUGAUAUGGAGAGAAGUGGAAUGGGACCUGACCAACGAUCAUACACCAUAAUGAUUCACGUACUUUAUGAGCGAGGGAGAUUGAAGGAAGCACUGCAUUAUUUCGAGGAGAUGGUUUCCAAGGGAAUGAGGCCUGAACCAAGGACUGAAAUACUGGUCAAUGACAUGAAAUCUAACAUUAAUGAAGGAGAAGAUGAUCACAGGAGACAGAGAACCCUCAAAAGGGAUGAAUCAGCGCAGCGUCCACGGAGGUGGAAGGAAAAGGUUACUCAAGGACUGCCCUAAGAGAAGUCUGUCAAAGCUGCAUCUUUGUCGCAUGUAAAUAUUAUGAUUAACGAUCAAUGUCAAGAUACAGGUACUUGGAUGAAUUGUCGUUGCCGCAAGCAAGAAAAAUAUCCACAUCCAACACUGUCAAAUUAGCAAA